UUGGCUCCCCAUAUAUUUCCCCUUCCCCUUCGUUCCAGAGCCACGGAGGCAAUUUCUCACCUUGCAAUCUCCCGUCACUACUCGUAUUUUCUAUCCCCUCUCGGGCCGGUGAGGUAUGGCGUCGUCUUCACUUGUGGCAGCAGCUCCUCACCACUGUUAUGCGAGCCCGAGGGCCAACGAUCGCUGCUCAUCCUACUCCGGCACAAACCUCAUCAUACCCCGGUCCUUUCCAGGGCAUCGGGCUUGCCGCCGGCUCCUUCAUCAUGAGCUCCGGGUCCAGCAUUUUGGUUUGAAGGAGACAAAGAAAGGAAAUUCAUGUCUAGGAAGCACAUGGAAGCCUCACAUUCACAACUUUAAUGAAGAGGAUGUAACCAGAGUUUUAUCAAGGAAGCUAUGCUGUCUAACCCACUAUCGCACCCGCUAUAAGUUUGCUGGCCACAUUAAAAUGCACAAUUUGGGUGUAUUUAUGAACAAAUCAACUUUUCCUAUCCCAAAGCAUGCAGUUUUCAGCAAUGGAAGACCAGCACAUAUUCCCUCUGCAACUUUAGGUCCUGAUGAACCCCAUGUUGCCAGCACUUCAUGCUCUGAGACAAUCUUUGAGAAACAAGCUUUGGGCUUUUGGGAUCCUGAAGCUCAGAAGGAAGAACUUGAAAGUUUCCUUAAUUCACCACUUCCUUCACAUCCAAAGCUCCACAGAGGACAACUAAAAAAUGGUCUCCGCUAUCUUAUUCUGCCUAAUAAGGUUCCUGCAAACAGGUUUGAGGCACAUAUGGAAGUUCACGUUGGAUCAAUUGACGAAGAAGAUGAUGAGCAGGGAAUUGCCCAUAUGAUUGAACAUGUGGCAUUUCUAGGGAGUAAAAAACGGGAGAAGCUUCUUGGAACUGGAGCAAGGUCUAAUGCAUACACAGAUUUUCAUCACACAGUGUUUCACAUUCAUUCCCCUACCGACACAAAGGACUCGAAUGGGGAUUUGCUUCCAUUUGUGUUGGAUGCUUUAAAUGAGAUAGCUUUCUAUCCCAAGUUUCUUCCAUCUCGUGUAGAAAAAGAGAGAAGGGCUAUCCUAUCUGAAUUACAAAUGAUGAACACCAUAGAAUAUCGUGUUGACUGCCAGUUGUUACAACAUCUGCAUUCUGAAAACAAACUGAGUCAAAGAUUCCCAAUUGGAUUGGAAGAACAGAUUAAAAUUUGGGACGCAGAAAAAAUACGUAGAUUCCAUGAACGCUGGUACUUUCCUGCAAAUGCUACUCUAUAUUUAGUUGGGGACAUUGUCGACAUUCACAAGGCAGUUUAUCAAAUUGAAGCUGCUUUUGGCCGGGCACUAGAAGAUAAAGAGGCACCUCCAGUUCAUACUCCCUCUGCAUUUGGUGCAAUGGCAAAUUUUCUUGUUCCAAAGUUGCCAAGUGGACUUUCUGGGAGUCUUUCUCCUGAAAAACCAGUUUCGAUAGAUCCAUCAAAGCUUAUAAAGAAGGAAAGGCAUGCAGUUAGACCACCUGUUCAACAUAUAUGGUCUCUUCCUGACUCUGGUCAAAUUCCUAAGUUUCCACAUAUAUUUCAGCACGAAUUGAUUCAAAAUUUCUCAAUAAACGUAUUUUGUAAGAUACCUGUAAAUUCAGUUCAAUCUUAUGGUGAUUUGAGAACUGUCUUGAUGAAAAGAAUAUUUUUAUCAGCUCUGCAUUUUAGGAUAAACACCAGAUACAAGAGUUCAAAUCCUCCGUUCACAUCAAUUGAGUUAGAUCAUAGUGACUCUGGCAGAGAAGGGUGCACUGUUACUACUCUUACCGUAACUGCAGAGCCAAAAAAUUGGCAAAGUGCCAUUAAAGUUGCUGUUCAGGAGGUCUGCAGGCUUAAAAAGUUUGGUGUAACAAAAGGAGAACUAACUCGCUAUAUGGAUGCACUGAUCAAAGAUAGUGAACAGUUAGCUGCAAUGAUUGAUAGUGUUCCUUCUGUUGAUAACUUGGAUUUUAUUAUGGAGAGUGAUGCACUUCGCCAUACAGUUAUGGAUCAAAGGCAGGGCCAUGAAUGCUUAGUUGCAGUUGCUGAAACUGUUACUUUAGAAGAAGUUAAUUCUACUGGUGCGGAGGUGUUGGAAUUCAUUUCUGACUUUGGAAAGUCUACUGCACCACUUCCUGCAGCUAUUGUUGCUUGUGUUCCAAAGAAAGUGCAUGGCGAAGGAGUUGGAGAAGCUGAGUUUCAGAUUGAUUCACAGGAAAUUAUUGAUGCCAUAAAAGCAGGACUUAAGGAACCACUGCAUGCCGAGCCCGAGCUUGAGGUGCCGAAAGAGUUAAUAACAUUGUCACAGUUAAUGGACUUGAGAUUACAACGUAAACCAUCUUUCAUUUCUCUAAGCAAAGAAGUAAAAACGAUGAAACGGUUUGACGAGGAAACUGGCAUUAUGCAGCGCCGCCUUUCAAAUGGAAUUCCUGUGAAUUACAAGAUCACGAAAAAUGAGGCUAGAGGUGGUGUCAUGCGACUAAUUGUUGGAGGUGGAAGGGCAGCAGAAACUUCUGAUUCGAAGGGAUCAAUUGUUGUAGGAGUUAGAACACUCAGUGAAGGGGGCUGUGUUGGCAAAUUUUCAAGGGAACAGGUUGAACUAUUCUGUGUGAAUCACCUAAUAAACUGUUCUUUGGAGUCCAAUGAGGAGGUAAUCUGUAUGGAAUUUCGAUUUACUUUGAGAGAUAACGGAAUGAGAGCUGCGUUCCAACUUUUGCACAUGGUUCUUGAGCAUAGUGUUUGGCUGGAAGAUGCGUUUGAAAGAUCCAAGCAAUUGUAUUUGUCGUACUACCGAUCCAUACCAAAAAGCUUAGAACGUUCAACUGCCCACAGACUCAUGUUGGCAAUGUUGAAUGGUGAUGAGAGAUUUGUUGAGCCAACACCAGAUUCGUUGGAAAAAUUAACACUUCUUUCAGUUAAAGAAGCUGUGAUGAAUCAGUUUUUUGGUGAAAAUAUGGAGGUUAGUAUUGUUGGUGAUUUCUCUGAGGAAGAAAUUGAAUCCUGUAUCCUUGAUUACUUGGGUACUGUUAGAGCCCAACAAAGUUUUGACACCGGGAAUUGCUUUGAGCCAGUUAUGUUUCGGCCAUCUCCAUCUGAUCUUCAUUUCCAGCAGGUAUAUCUCAAAGACACUGAUGAGAGAGCCUGUGCAUACAUUGCUGGCCCAGCUCCAAAUCGUUGGGGCUUCUCAGAUGAAGGCAAAGACCUCUUUGAGUUAAUCAAUGAUACGUCAUGUGAAGGUGAUAUGCAGCAUAUAACUUAUCAAGAAAAUAAUAUUCAGAGAUAUAUGCGGUGUCAUCCACUUUUUUUUGGCGUUACUCUAGGCUUACUGGCAGAGAUCAUAAACUCCAGGCUUUUCACCACAGUUAGGGAUUCCCUGGGUUUAACAUAUGAUGUAUUUUUCGAAUUAAGUCUUUUUGAUAGACUGAAACUUGGAUGGUAUGUCAUAUCAGUAACUUCUACACCAAGCAAGGUUUAUAAAGCUGUUGAUGCGUGCAAGAAUGUUCUCAGAGGUUUACACAGUAACAAGAUUGCCCAGAGAGAGCUGGAUCGGGCAAGGAGGACCUUACUGAUGAGACAUGAGGCAGAGACGAAGUCAAAUGCCUACUUGCUUGGAUUGCUAGCACAUUUGCAGGCUUCAUCUGUUCCUAGGAAGGAUCUUUCAUGCAUCAAAGACUUAACAUUAUUAUAUGAAGCUGCAACGAUCGAAGAUAUAUAUGUUGCAUAUCAAUAUUUAAGGGUAGAUGACGCAUCCUUGUUUUCUUGCAUUGGCGUGGCUGGUCAACAAUCAAGUGAAGACCUCUCUGCAACGGAGGAAGAUACGGGUGGAAGCUAUCAGCCAUUUUCUCAGAUUGGGCGUGGCCUAUCUACAAUGACACGGCCCACAACAUGAUUUACUUGUACUAUUCCUUGAUUACGUCUCGGGAGAUCUUAAUCAUUUCCAGUGUAUUAUCACUUCCCCGAAUACCAUUGUCAUAGAAAACCAAUGGUGACAACAUAAAAGGCUUCGAAGGUGCAUGGCCAAAAGCGAAUCCACGAGGAAUUUUAAAGAACAAUUUUUAUAAUUCUUCAUCGAUCACAUGUUCCCAUGUAAUUUUUUUUCAAAUAAGGAUGUAUAUUUUUUACCUGUAUGUAAACUCAUCUUUUUAUAUAUCAAAUGCCUUUGUGGAAUGGUCAAGCUAAUGUUUCA